AUGCCAAGUCAAGAUGAUCCACCAUUUGAUCCAGUCAGAUGCGCACAUUUACACAACGAACUCGUUCAACGAGCAAUAAAAUCUCAAGGCGCCGCCUCGACUCUCGAAAAUGUACUUGAAGGAUACGACGAUGACUUCAAAACACGCCUCCUACCCGACCUUGAAAGCUUCUUGGCCAAUAUCAUUGCCAGACCCAUGAGCAACGAACCAACACUACUCACGCCUUUCUGCCACCAACCGAAUCCCAAGUUGUUCUUCCAAAACAAAGACUUGCCGCAUUUUGCGCCUUUCAAGGAUACUCUCGUUCUGCUGUAUCCAGGUGAAGCCACGGGCAGCGGUUUACUUUUCAGUCAGCAGCACAACGUUGCUGCCUGGAUUAGCUCCGAUCUUCAACUCCCAGCAAAGAAAUCAUGGCUACCUCUGUUCAAGAUCCUGGAGCGGUGGAUCCAGAUGUGGGAUACUGGUAAGAUCACACCAGAACUGAACCUCGUUCCUUGGACAGAACGGGAUCUGCAAGCAUCACUCGUAGCGUGGAAUGAGUUGGUUGAUGUCAUCGAAGCCAAACUGCCCAAGCCAGUGACACGGCCAAUCACGCAUGAACCACUCAUUGAGCAGAGUGUGGCACAAAAAUGGACAGAACAGUCAUUCCAGUACGCUUUCCUCAUUCAAGCACGUCGACCAGCGUUUAGCGGUAUCGCACCAGGUGUGAGCGUCUUGUCUACGGGGUCAUUUGAAGCUUUACACGCCGGGGAGCCGGAAGACAGCGAACGCAAACAAGUCAUUGGUCGCAAGCCCGGAGAUCCGGAAGACUACCAGUCAGCUCUUUCCUGCGAUCUGGCACCUACAUUGCUAUGCCCUGGCCGGGCCGUGGAAUCCAGUUGGCGUGAUCAUUCAAAGCCUUCGCUGAGAGAUUACAGGGGUAGAGGGUCAGCAUUGUUGAAGCGGAAAGCCGGGCUGUAUCUAUGUCCUGACGAAAGCUGGAGCGAUGCAGUCGUCUUUUCAGAUGGCAGAGGCAGGGAGAGCCUCUUCACUUAUAGAGGAUCGUGUCCAUGGAUGCCUGGCCGACCGCCGGCCCUUCUGCGAGAUGUCCUCCGAUUCUGGAAAAAGCUAGUUGUGGAUGAGAUCUGGAAGGUUGGCGACUCAGGUGUUUUCGGAAACAUGGCACACUUCCAUUCUCUGCCAAGGGGACUGGUCAGCGUCACGGGCAAUGAGUCUUACGAUGAGUAUUGCGCCGAUUGGGAUGUUGCAACGUCUUUUUAA